AUGGAUUUAAACGAGAGCCUCGUUCACUUUUCUCGAGCCAACGGUCUUGCAAAGCAUGACAGUUUCGGUGAUACUGCUCUUAGCUUGAAAUGUCUUGGAAGCAGUGCAGGGAGGUUGAUGGGGAGCUCUCACCAUAACCAUAAGCUUUGUUCUGAUGUUUCUAAUUGUCCUGAUGAUGGUUGCCGGUUGGUUCUCGGUUUGGGUCCAACACCGCCUUCGUAUUAUUACAGUGUCAGGGUUAGUAAUAACAACAGAAAAGUCUCAGCUUCUUCUGGGACUGUUCAAGAACUGUCAUCAGGAGGUAAUUCAAUUCUUCAGCUUGGUCCUCCCACUGUGACCAUGGACAGUUUCAGCGAGCUAGAUUGUUCGUUGUUGACAUAUACAGAGACUAAUGGAUCUCAAGCUGUUGUUGAUGAGGGUUCUACCUCUGCAAAGCGAUCAGGUGGCUAUAUGCCAUCGCUUCUUUUCGGUCCAAGGACGGAAAACGCUAGAAAACCUUCAAGGAUGCAAGAAUGUAGUACUAAUUUUGGAACUGAUGCUUAUAAUUCACAGAUGAGCCAUGAGUCAGAGUUCUCUGUAGGCGCUUUCUCUGACAAGACGGCAUCUGCCACAUCUUCUCAGCACAGGACGAGUAACCCGAAGAAGUGUAAGUUCAUGGGAUGUGUGAAAGGAGCUAGAGGAGCAUCGGGGCUCUGCAUUGGCCAUGGAGGUGGGCAGAGAUGUCAAAAAGCAGGCUGCAACAAAGGUGCUGAGAGCAAAACUACUUUCUGCAAGGCUCACGGCGGUGGAAAGAGAUGUCAACACUUGGGAUGUACGAAAAGCGCUGAAGGUAAGACUGAUUUCUGUAUAUCUCAUGGCGGUGGGAGAAGGUGUGGGUUCCCUAAGGGAUGUGCUAAGGCAGCACGUGGCAAAUCCGGGCUCUGCAUCAAGCAUGGUGGUGGUAAAAGGUGUAGAAUUGAAGGAUGUACACGAAGCGCUGAAGGACAAGCUGGUCUUUGUAUUUCUCAUGGUGGUGGGAGGCGUUGUCAGUUUUCAGGUUGUACAAAAGGAGCUCAAGGGAGUACAAACUACUGUAAAGCUCAUGGAGGCGGAAAGCGUUGUAUAUUCGCGGGAUGUACUAAGGGAGCGGAAGGUAGUACUCCGUUGUGUAAAGCGCACGGUGGAGGAAAGCGCUGUAUGUUUGAUGGAGGCGGGAUUUGUCCUAAAAGCGUUCAUGGUGGGACUAGUUUCUGUGUUGCUCAUGGUGGUGGGAAGAGGUGUGUUGUGGCUGGGUGCACAAAGAGCGCUCGUGGACGGACUGAUUGUUGCGUGAAGCACGGUGGUGGGAAACGGUGUAAGUCUGUUGGGUGUGAGAAGAGUGCGCAAGGUAGCACUGAUUUCUGCAAGGCGCACGGGGGAGGGAAACGCUGCUCGUGGGGAGGAGAUUGGAAAUGCGAGAAAUUCGCUAGAGGAAAAAGCGGUUUAUGCGCUGCGCAUAACAGUAUGUCUCAAGACAAAGCUGGAAGCAAGAUUGGUUUGAUUGGACCGGGACUUUUCCGUGGCCUCGUCUCUACUUCUUCCCCAACCACAACAACUGCAACGAAUACUACUACCACCACUGAUCAUUCUCAAUCUGGAGUCAGCGCGGUUUCUGAUUGCACAGACUCCAUUGAUCGCCCGCCUCAGCUACAUCAUCAUCCUGAGAAAAGACAGAAGCUGAUGAUACCAAUGCAGGUUCUUGUGCCUCCAUCAAUGAAAACCUUAAGCUUCUCAAACACCGAGAGACCGGAAACCGAAACAAACAACAGCAAUGGGAGGAACAUCUUUGACUUUAUGAUUCCGGAGGAGAGAGUUCACGGCGGCGGGCUUAUGUCUCUGCUUAAUGGUAGCCUGAAACAGUCACUCCAUUGA